AUGAAUACUGCUCAAGAAUACCCAACGUUAUUAUUUCCUCUCAACCUUCGUAAGCAACGGCAAAAGAAGGCACUGUCGAAACAUUACGAUGGCGGCGGCAAAAGAAGAAGAAAAUGGGAAAUGGCUCUCGCUCAAUACUUCCCCUGCGAAGCUGCAAUCCCACCGACAAUCGAAGGGGGCGGACUGCAAGCCGAUAAGUCCCCCCAUACCUGUAAGGAGGAGGAGCGGAUGGUUCGAGGGAAAGCGGAGAAGAUACCGUUCCUCCCCGCCCCGCCGGAAGACGGAAAACAGAUGCUUCUCUAUCGAGAAAUAAAGGACAUUUAUGGUCUCUUCUUGGGGUUGGACAAUGUUGGUGGUGGUGAUGGAACUAUGGACACUGGGUGGUGGGCUAUACGGGCAAAGGUGGUGGUGGCAGUGGCUACGGACAAUGGUGGUGGUGGGCAGCGGACAAUGAUGACAAUCGAUAAAGUCAAGCAAUAUGAGAAAGAAAUUGCUAUCCUUGUGGCCAGUUAUAGAACUGAAGUGCAAGCCAAAAUCGCUACCGGUAUCACUUAUAAAUGGGACUACUUU